UGCUGAUGCUGAGCCCAGGACCUCCUGGGCGUACAACAGGAUACCUGCGAGAACACCUUCCAACAACAUUCAGUGGCCUCCGUCCCCCCUGCCCAAGUUACAAGGAGUCGGCAGAUUGGUGGAAAGUCGGACGGUCAGAUGUGACCUAUUGUGGCCCAUCCUCGUACACAUAUUGGCCAGCGAGGUUGCGAGCGACGUCAUCCGUAAUCUAUACUGCCAUCUCUCAGCAACUCUUUCUUCAUUCCCGUGACGCGCUGGAUGAGGCUCAAGUGCCGAAUUGUGCACGGUCUCUUGCAAUUCAAUUGUUGAGGAUUGAAAUUUGAGUUUGAGUAGCGGCAGCAGAAAACUGAUCGCAGAUAUGGCGACUUCAGCUUCCUGCUCAUUGGCAAUCGCUGCCGCUGGCGCUGCAAACACCUCCCAACCAACUCGCAACCAUGGCACCGCUAGACCUGUCGCUAGUGCUACUUUCGUGAACUCCGAGCUCUUUUCUUCCAAGGCUGGUUUAAGCGCACGCGUGGCUGGAGCCUCGUUCCAUGUCAAGUCCCGCCACACCUCACCCCUCACCAUCUGCAAGAUUUCGAAGGGGGAUAUUGUGCCUCCAGUCGGACUCAAAGAUGAGGAAGGCAAAUUGGUGAAUCUAGACAAGUUCAGGGGCAAGCCCCUGGUGCUGUACUUCUACCCUGCCGAUGAGAGUCCCGCCUGCACCAGGCAGGCAUGUUCAUUUCGCGACUCGUACGAAAAGUUCAAGAAGGCAGGUGCUGAGGUUGUUGGAGUGAGUGGUGACACUCCCGAAUCCCACAAGGCAUUUAAAGCAAAAUAUAGACUUCCAUUCACUUUGCUCAGUGACGACGGCAACAAGCUGCGCAAGGACUGGGGUGUGCCAAGUGACCUCUUCGGAGCCCUAGCUGGUCGUCAGACUUACGUCAUUGAUAAGGACGGCAAAGUGCAAUUUAUCUUCAACAAUCAGUUUGAGCCAGAAAAGCACAUUGCUGAGACUUUGAAUUUCCUGAAAGGUUAGGUGGACGUUUAGUAAUGUACUAUUGAAUAUGCGGCCAGUCGAUCAUCGAAUUGUACUAGGAUGUUGAGGCUUAGUUGCAAUUUUGCAGGUCCGUUCCACAGAUGUACUGUGACUAGUAGUGUACUGGUGGAAUGUGGCCGUAAGCACAUCUGUAACAUGCUCAUGGUCAGCUGUUAGCCUCCCACUUAGUCACCUUGAGGUUACCACUAGGAGUAGCGAGCACUUACAGUAACAUGCUGUAGUAUGAUUUAUUUCCCACUCAUGUACUGAUCUUUAUGUUCUCAAAUGUACUAGUAAGUUUUGUUCA